CAAAAUCUGAUAGAACUCCUGACCAAGAAAAAAUAAAGAUGUCAAACUCAACAAACGAAACCCUGGAAAAUGAAAAAGGGCAAUCCGAUGGCAAAAUCUGUAAUAAUCAACGAACAGAGCCGUCUCAGGAAUGGGAGACCAUGGCUCAAGCCUGGGUCGCCGCCUUCCCCGACGCCAAGUCCGUGGUAAGCGCCAGUGAAGUCGAGACUUGGAUCGGCUCCAACUUCGAAUCCCUGCCGGCGGAUCUCCGUCAGAGGCCCCUCUCCGACCUCGUCGACCGUUUCCUCUCCAUGCAACAGUACAUGAGACAAACAGCAUCUGAACAGAACGAGCUAGAGAGCCAAGCUGAUCAACAUCCGGCUCGGUUUCAGAGGACUGACCAGUGGUUACCAGUGUAUUCGUGGUUAGAAUCUCUGGAUAGUGGAGAGCUGGUGAAAUCGAAGGAUAUCUCUGAGUGGCUCGAUGCGAAUCCAGAGGUCAAAGAAGAGCUGUCUUCGAGGCAUUCUCGUUAUCAUUUGACUCAUUAUGUCAAAAAAUGCCAUCUCAAGAUACUUAAAAGAAAGGAGAAGAAGGGAUUGAUCCGCCUUACUAGAGAAACUGCAAUGGAGGUUCACAAAGAAUUUGGGGAGAAACACCAUAAUGCCACACUUUCUGCUGAUCCCAUGAGCAAUAUACCAAAAGACAGUGACCUCUACCGUACAAAACUUAAAGAAGCUCAACGCAGAUUCGAGAUCUUGGUCGAGCUCGAGAAGAAACUAGCUCCGCAUUUUUCAAGGCCUCGGAUACCCAACACAUGAACUUAUCUACCUACUUCUUUGUAGAGUCAGUCAGAAGCUGGUUUCGAACACUUCCUUUUGAUUGACUUUGUACGUCUGUUAUCUGCUUUUGGUGUUGUAGAACUGUUAAUGAAAUGUUAAGGUCAUGUAGCUGUAUGGAGUUUUGUUUGAAUGUAUGUUGGUGCAGUUCAGUAAACCGUAACUUGUAACCUUUUUUAGACCUAAGAUCCUGCCAAAGACA